UCUCUUGAAGGCUCAAUGCUGAUGCUCUCAUCCAGAUGUAGUGCCAAGGAAGUGUUAGUGAACCCCAAAAGACCAGCCAGAGGAGCCAAUACGAAUGCAAUCACAGCCUUUAUUCGAGCUAGCUCAGGCUUAGCCCACCACCAACAAGGAGGAUGGUUUUCGUGGAGAGGAGCCCCAAAAAUCUACUGGGGCAAAGUUUAGAGAAAGCAGCAAGUGAGGGUAGUGGGGUGGAGGUGGUGGUGAUGGGAGUGUUUCUAGCCUGGUAAGCAUUUAAUGGAGAGCUACUAUGGCCUUUAGCACAAUUGGCUGGUGCUGGGAAUCAACCCAUAAACUUCUGUUUCCCUCUGCAUUGGUGGUUGUGAGGCAGGGGUGGGCUUGUAAUCGUGGGGUGCAGAUUUGUUGGGGAGGUAGCCUGGAGACAUAGGUCUUGUUGGGUGGUAACUUGGAAACUAAUGCUAAGUACCAGCCUGCUAGUUUACCUGAGUUCCAACUUAGGUCAGGUGCUCUACAAUGGAGUGUGAACUUAAAAGAUUUGGUCUCUCACAGACCCCUGUGAGUGUGUGGGUGUGUGAGUGACUGUGAGUGUGUGCUCCUGUACUGCUAGGCAGCUAGGCUGGGCCAGUACGAAGUAGAAGUGCCCAGAGGGAGGGGCACUUCUGUACACACACAAAGCCCUCAGAUUCUAGACAAGGAGAACAGAGGAACAGGAGACGAGGCUGUGCUGGGUAGAGAGAGUCGCAGCAGCCUCAGGAGUGAGAGUAGAAGGCUCACACAGCAAUGAUCCCAGGCAAGCCAGUCAGCAGGUGUGAGUUGAGUGGCUCGAAAACUUUGAUAUGGCCAUACUAGGUCAGUUUUAGGUCAGAGCCAGCUCAACUGCCCACGUCCUGGCAAGACCAGGAGCCAGACUCACUCCGAUUCCAUGCAGUGUAAAAGGGAGAAAUGUAUCUUGCAGCAGAUCAUGGCCUAUGUGCCAGCAGUUUGGAGAAUAUUCCAGUGGGGGAGGGCAUGCUCUCUGGGAAGCUUGGACCAUAGUUUUAACAGGCAUGAAGGCACAUCUGGCACUGGGAGAAGUGGUUAAUCAGGUUCUCCACAGAAGGAUUUUUUUUUUAAAAAAACUUAUAUAUAAUUACACUGUAGCUGUCUUCAGACACACCAGAAGAGGGCAUCAGAUCCCAUUACAGAUGGUUCUGAGCCACCAUGUGGUUGCUGGGAUUUGAACUCAGGUCCUCUGGAAGAAUAGUCAGUGCCAUCAGAGUCAUCUCUCUAGCUCCACAGAAGGAUCUUAAUUGUCACUGUUCCUCGCUGGAAAGAGAUUGACAAGGUUUCUCUGGCUGUCCUGGAACUCAGAGAUUUCCCUGCCUCACCCUCCCCAGUGCUGGGAUUAAAGGCAUGAGUCACACUGCUCAGUCAGAGAUUUCCUAUUUGUAAGAGGAACCCAAGGGCCUGAUAAGCAGCUGUGGGUGGAUGAAGACCUCAGGACUGCUUUUACACAGCUGUCUCCAUCCACCCAAACAUUACUUUGGUAAUAGCAAAGAUACACAAGGAAGUCUCUUAUCUUCCUACUUUCUGGAGAACUCCACAGUUUCAGGGUCUUGAUUGCUUCUGUUUCUCCAGGGUCAUAGGCCAAAGGGAUGGAAACAGCUUUUUGGAGGGUUGAGAUGAGCCUACUUCUCAUCGCUGCAAACUGUCCGAAGCAGGGUUUCCUUGACCUGCUAGUAAUGCUAGAGUUCUGGGUUCAGCCUGAAGCUGUUUGCAAAGUUUUUUAAAAAAAGGAUUUAUUUAUUUUAUGUAUUUGUAUAUACAGUCACUGUCUUCAGACACACCAGAAGAAGGUAACAGAUCUGACUGGAGAUGGUUGUGAGCCAUCAUGUGGUUGCUGGGAAUUGAACUCAGGACCUCUGGAAGAUCAGUUGGCGCCCUUAACCACUGAGUCAUCUCUCAGCCCUGCGAAUUAUUUUAAAUUAAAAAUUUAAAAACAUCUAUUAUAUGAGUGCUCCGUUGCAUAUAUGCCAGAAGAUAUGUAUCUACAGGCCAGAAGAGGGCAUCAGUUCCUCUUACAGAUGGUUGUGAGCCACCACUGGUUGCUGGGAAUUGAACUCAGGACCUCUGGAAGAGCAGCCAGGGCUUAUAACCUCUGAGCCAUUUCUCCCACCCUAUGUGGACACUUCUAAAACCUUCCUGGCCCUCUUACCCCCUCAGGCUUGCAAGGCUCCUUCCUCCAGGGUCUUAACCCCUUUUGUUGUCACCUCUAGCAGGGCUGCGCCAUGAUUUCUUUGCCAAUGCAUUCAUCCACACCUUCCUUCCCAGCCAAUCUCAACCAGACCUUUUCUCUUGGCACCUGGUCACACCUCAUGCUAGAUUUCGGCAGUGAGCUGUAUGUACCUCUCAAGCAUCCAUUCCAGAAGUUCCUCCUUGAAUCAGGCCCUGGGACUCUGACAUAAGUCCCAUCUCUUUGCCAAAGUUCUCCACAGACCCAUCCUUCCUGAUGGUUCUGGUCCAUCCUCUGGCCCCUUCACUGCCAUAGCUUCUUGUAAACGGACAGCUCUAGGCCCGAAUGUCAAUGAAUAGCUGUCUCAAAGGAGAACUUUCAUUCUAUUGGAUGGUGUGAAUCCACCUCCGGCUUUAGUGGCACGCUAGGUCUCAACCUUCCACUUUUAGAUUUUGGUUCCAUACUGGAAAUUAGUGUAGCCUUGCCAAGGCCCAGCUAAAAGACAUGCUGGGCCAGCGACAGAGGAAUGUUCUGAGACACUGGCCAGGUUGGCUCUGAUCUACAAAAGUCCUUGCCCAGGUCUGUUUUUCUCUGCAUACAUACACAAAGACACCUGCAAGGUACCUUAGAUUGUUCAUCAUGAGGGGUGGCAUGAAGAAAGAGUGACCUGACAGGAAGAGCUAGUGGAUACUAUAGAAGUGGGGUGAGCUCAGUAGGAAGACUGGUGGCACCCUGUAGGAGAGACAACCAACCUUGUCCUAUAGAACUACUUCUUUUUCUUUUUCAAAAAGACUUAUUUAUUUCAUGUAUAUGGGUACCCUGUUGCUGUCUUCAGACACACCAGAUGAGAACAUCAGAUGCCCAUUACAGCCACCGUGUGAUUGCUGGGAAUUGAACUCAGGACCUCUGGAAGAUAAUCAGUACUCUGAACCACCGAGCCAUCUCUCCAGCCCUAGAGAUACUUCUUGGCCCAGAAAAGAAAGUCACUAUUCUCCUUGGUCCUUAUAGUGUUUCUGAAGGAAAUCAGGUGCUUCCUGAGGUCCCGGACAUAUGAACUGCGGGGUCUAAAUCAGGCGGAUUGCUUGUCAGGUCCUCGACGGGGUUGCGGGGCGGUGGAAAAGGCCAUGGUGACUAAUGAGUUACUUCAUUUAACUAACAACUGGGCUGUUACACACAUUUGCUGUGAUGUGAGUCUGGGUAUUUCUCCCGUUUGACCCUUUGACAGGGUAUGUCCUCCAAGGUCCAUUUAAAGUGGUUCCUGCCUAGCAGCUAGGAAUCUUUCGCAGAACGGCGCUGUCAGGGCAGAUAUAGGUCUGUCGGUUGUGCGUUCGAAAAAGGAUUUGGGGCCGCAAGGCGUCAGCUCAGUUUCAUAAAUGACCUACAGUCAAACCGCUGCCGGGGAUGACGAAACUAUGUCUUUACAGAAGUGGGACAAGGGGCAAGCAAGAGGUCAGGGGAAAUGCGUAGCUGCCAGGGAGUCAGGAGCCGGGGCAGUACUCCUCCAGCUUGCUCCUCACAGUGAGACAGGACCUUGGACCUCUUCCACAGAAGUUCACAGCCAAGCUGCGCACUGGUUGCUUCCGUAGGCCUGUGACUGCAGUUCCCAGAGUGCUAUCGUCGUCAGCUUGUGAUGCCUUCAACUUCCAGGAGGCUUCACGCUCUACUCCCGCAAUUCCCAGCGUGCUCCGCGUCUUCGAUUAGGCCCCGCCUCAGCUUGGCCUCGGACUACAAAUGGACUCUCAGUUGACGCCACAGCCAGUCAGCUGCUCUAUAGCAUCCCAGCUUCACCGUCGCAGAAGUAGUGGUGCCCUGCGCCGGCUACGGAGGCCGGCAGGGGGCGGCGGCGGAGGCGGAGGCCGAGGCCGUUGCUCAGGGUCCAGAGGCGGGGCCGCGGGCUCCAGGCGCUGUGAGCCGGCGGAGCACGACUGGGCCGCGACGUGGUGCGGGCCGAAGCCAUGGGCGACCGCGGAGGCGCGGGAAGCUCUCGGCGUCGGAGGACCGGCUCGCGGGUUUCCAUCCAGGGUGGUAGUGGGCCCAUGGUAGACGAAGAGGAGGUGCGAGACGCCGCUGUGGGCCCCGACUUGGGCGCCGGGGGUGACGCUCCGGCUCCGGCUCCGGUUCCGGCUCCAGCCCACACCCGGGACAAAGACCGGCAGACCAGCGUGGGCGACGGCCACUGGGAGCUGAGGUGCCAUCGUCUGCAAGACUCUUUGUUCAGCUCAGACAGCGGUUUCAGCAAUUACCGUGGUAUCCUGAAUUGGUGCGUGGUGAUGCUGAUCCUGAGUAAUGCAAGGUUAUUUUUAGAGAAUCUUAUCAAGUAUGGCAUCCUGGUGGAUCCCAUCCAGGUGGUGUCUCUGUUUCUGAAGGACCCCUACAGCUGGCCUGCCCCAUGCUUGAUCAUUGCAUCCAAUAUCUUUAUUGUGGCUACAUUUCAGAUUGAGAAGCGCCUGUCAGUGGGUGCCCUGACAGAGCAGAUGGGGCUGCUGCUACAUGUGGUUAACCUGGCCACAAUUAUCUGCUUCCCAGCAGCUGUGGCCUUACUGGUUGAGUCUAUCACUCCAGUGGGUUCCCUGUUUGCUCUGGCAUCAUACUCCAUCAUCUUCCUCAAGCUUUUCUCCUACCGGGAUGUCAAUCUGUGGUGCCGCCAGCGAAGGGUCAAGGCCAAAGCUGUGUCUGCAGGGAAGAAGGUCAGUGGGGCUGCUGCCCAGAACACUGUAAGCUAUCCGGACAACCUGACCUACCGAGGUGAGGAGCUGUUGAGUUGGGACUCUCCGAGGCAAGACUGUAAGUCAGGUUCAGGGCUGUGUAGUCUGAGCACCUACCCUUCCCUUCUAGAUCUCUAUUACUUCAUCUUUGCUCCUACUUUGUGUUAUGAACUCAACUUUCCUCGAUCCCCCCGAAUACGAAAGCGCUUUCUGCUACGGCGGGUUCUUGAGAUGCUCUUUUUCACCCAGCUUCAAGUGGGGCUGAUCCAGCAGGUAAGUGGUGAGUGGGUGUAUGGUAGGGCUCAGUGCAGCCCAGGGAAACUGAUGUGGUAUUUAUUUCCUUUGCAGUGGAUGGUCCCUACUAUCCAGAACUCCAUGAAGCCCUUCAAGGACAUGGACUAUUCACGAAUCAUUGAGCGUCUCUUAAAGCUGGCGGUCCCCAACCAUCUGAUAUGGCUCAUCUUCUUCUAUUGGCUUUUCCACUCAUGUCUCAAUGCUGUGGCAGAGCUCCUGCAGUUUGGAGACCGCGAGUUCUACAGGGACUGGUGGAAUGCUGAGUCUGUCACCUACUUUUGGCAGAACUGGAAUAUCCCCGUGCACAAGUGGUGCAUCAGACACUUCUACAAGCCUAUGCUCAGACUGGGCAGCAACAAAUGGAUGGCCAGGACUGGGGUCUUUUUGGCGUCAGCCUUCUUCCAUGAGUACCUAGUGAGCAUUCCCCUGAGGAUGUUCCGCCUCUGGGCAUUCACAGCCAUGAUGGCUCAGGUCCCACUGGCCUGGAUUGUGAACCGCUUCUUCCAAGGGAACUAUGGCAAUGCAGCUGUGUGGGUGACACUCAUCAUUGGGCAACCGGUGGCUGUGCUCAUGUAUGUCCACGACUACUACGUGCUCAACUAUGAUGCCCCAGUAGGGGCCUGAGCUACUGCCAAAGGCCAGCCCUCCCUAACCUGGGCCUGGAGUUCUGGAGGGCUUCCUGGCUGCCUGCACACUCCUCCUAGUCUGGGAGGCCUCUCUGCCCCUAUGGGGCCUACUCCUGCUCUUGGGGAUGGCACCUGAGUCCAGCUGGUAUGAGCCAGUGCUGGGAGUCUGUGCUGACCAGGGGCUGAGGAUAUCAAUAAAGAGCUAUCUAAAAACCUUC